CAACUCAGGUGUCUAGUGUAGCCUCUAACACAGCCACCCCGUCACCGAUAUCAACUCAGGUGACUAGUGUAGCCUCUAACACAGCCACCCCGUCACCGAUAUCAACUCACAAGGUGACUAGUGUAGCCUCUAACACAGCCACAAUCACGACAGCCAGAGUCACACCCGGGACGAGCAUUGUUACUGCCGUGGGUACUGCUGGAACGGGGGCCACUGGGUCCUCAGGAACCCUCACUCAGACCACCCCGGACACUACAGAAGAAGUCACACAGGUUUCAACUACAACAUCGGAUGGCCCAACCCCAUGGUCAGCAUCGUCCUUUCCUUCCCAUCACCCCUCCACAUCCAGCCGUGUGGGUUCAGGCAGCAGUCUUGCUACCACCACGACCAGCACACAGGGAAGGAUGGUGUCUACAACCACGGCUGAGACUACAACUCCUCCCAAGACCUUUACGUUUGUCAAGUCCCAAAAUGGAGAGAAUUACGAGAGGAAGGACCUGGAGGAGCUGUGUCGACAGCUGAUGUCUCAGAUGCACGACGCUAACUGUACUCUGACUGUGAGAGAGAACAACGGACACACUACCUUUGACAGCGUGGUAAUGACCGGUAAAGUGGACAAUUCUGUCGUGCAGCAAUACUACGAGGAAAUCACCAGAAAACCAAGCGACAACAUGACCCUGAUUGCCAUCUUGGCAUCCUGCGGAGCUCUGCUGGCCAUGAUUGUAGGCUUCGCCAUCUACGCCUCAUACCACCGCAAGUCCUAUCGGAAGAACCUCCAACAACACCUGACGGAGGAGCUGCAGACAGUGGAGGACGGUUACCAUGACAACCCCACAUUGGAGGUGCACCCGGAGAUGCAGGAGAAGAAGGUGGCCCUGUACGGAGAGUUCAACGACAGCUGGAUUGUCCCCAUCGACAGCCUGCUCAAAGAGGACAUGCCAGACGAGGAGGACACUCACUUGUAGAGGAGGAGUGGAACAGACAGGGGUGCUACUAUAAUCCCUCGACCAACUGACUCUCCCUUCCCUGCACCGUUACAAGGGCCCUGUUUAGUAGAGUUCUAGCUCCAAACAUUGCAGGUAGAAAUGUAUUCUAUAGUAGAAUAUAUACACAACUUUAAAUAAUGGUAUUUGAGAAUUGCACAAUUGUGACAGUUCUAUGCAAUGCAUUUCUAUCCGCAACACUUUUAAUGUUCCUCCCCACUGAACCAGACCCAAGGCAACGACAGACACAACCUGACAAAUCUGGAGAAAAUAAACACCCAGAUGACAGGUUCUGGAAACCCAUCCGGCCUAAACGGGUGUCUGAGUCCCAUCGCUGUGGCCAUGGAAAAGUAACAGGCCAUUUAGUGGAUACUACACCAAGCAACAUUGUGUCUAGUUUUAGGAGAUAUUCAAUAUUUGGGAAAUGUAACUCUCAAACAUACACAAUCCCAUUUUAAGAGGCAUUGAGCGUUUAAGGUACUUGAUGUACUGCUACACAGUUAUUGAUUUAAUUGGGAAAACCAAACACUCAAACCACCAAUAUUUCAGGGUGGAGUUUAUGAAGCGGUCUAAACUAAAAUAUGCAUGUUUUUAUGCUGUAAUCAACGUAAUCCCCGAAAGUGCAUUGAAUUGUACACUUGAGCACCUGUACAUAGUAUUUUCUUAUAUUUUCAGAGAAAAUGGAAGCUGAAACUUUGUAAACUGUAACACUGCCUUUAUGGUUAAAUCUCAAUAGUAUUGUUUUAGAGAAAAUGACCUCAGGAUAAAGUGAAAUAAUCAUCCUGGUGAAUGAAUUAAACUACUAGUGAAUCUCAGCCCUGACGACCUGGCAGUGGCUGCUGUAUAGAAGCCAUUUACUGGUUCUACUGAGCACAGUGAACCACACUAAUGAAACAACGGGCUCCAUGGAGACGCUGCUGGGACGGGAGCGUCUACAGAUAUGAAGGGAAAAAAACACUGUAAAUAGUCGUUUGAAAAUUCUAAAGAACUUGACCUAGGACCAGUUUCCUGGACAUAGAUAAAGCCGACCCUUGGACUUAAGAGCCCUUUCAACUAUGCUUUUUAGUUUAGGACUGGGGUUGCUCUGUAUCAGGGAAGCUGGCCCCUAAAGAUACAUCUUUUCUUGUUUGCUGAUGUUGAAGGUUACAUAGGCCUCUGCACAUUUUAUUUGUUGUUUGUUACAUUUCUAUUCAGUUGAUUUGAUGAAAAAGGGUAUUUAAAUAUCCAUGUGGCAAAAUGUAUUCCAAUUCAUGUAUAAUUCACAUGGACACAAUAAUUCCCAAUUAUAUUUAAGCUGUAAAAAUCAACCAACACCAAACAAUCCACCACUUAUUCCUGUGUCAUUUGUCAUUAGUUCUGUACAGUCGCUCACUCGUAUUUUAUUUCUUUUACACAAAAAUAUUUAGCAGUUAUUGUAUGUAUUUAUGGUUUGUUUGCUGAUGAAGCCAAACAACAGGGGGUCUGACACACUGGAAGCUGCGCCUCGUCUUAUCAUGACCAGGGCAGCCAUGUUUUCUUAUACCAAUAAAGAUUUGCCAAUAAAACACACUUCUUUCAAA